UCCGCGACGCGGGAUUCCGCUUUUUUAUAUCAACCGACUUCUCAUUGAAAACGCAACAUUUUUCAAUGUAUAUUUGUGAUUAACACUUUUGUUUUGUUCACCUUCCCGGUGACAUAGUGUUUACUUAACCCGCUGCUGCUACCAAAAUUACCAAACCAUUAAUUGUAUGACAAAAAAUGAGUAUACAACUAGCUCUAGCAGCCUCGAUAUUCUUACCUAUAGUCCUCAGCAACAUCUACAAUAACACGCAAAUAUACUUUCCUGAUGACGUAAGGUUUACACCGAAACGUGCUUCGCAGGCUGGCGGUUUCGCAGCCCCUCAGGCUCCAUCUUUUAGUCAAGCUUUUGGAGCAAUUAGUCCUACUCCUACUUACGAGCAAUACGUCGAUCAACUCAUAUCGAAGGGUAUUGCCAAAUUAACCUUAGCCAUAAAUAAGGUCUAUCAACAAAAAUCAAUCGAAGAUAAUGUCGUUUUUGCUCCUCUUAAUAUCGCAGCUGCACUAGCUCUGGUGUUGUUGGGUUCCAACGGCAGGACAUUUCAAGAACUUACCUCGGUCCUGGGAUUCGCUACCGGUUUACAAAUCGAAAAUCAGUCAGAAAAUGUCCAUCGGGAGCUAGGUCGAAUGAUCAGAAAAAUCGAAAGUACUGCAGGAGUGGUUAUCGGUCAACAAGUGUCAUUUGCAGACGCUGUUUUUGUACAAAACAACUACCCGAUAAGAACAUUGUACAAAGAAGCAGCUGAAAAACUGUACCAGAGCGAAGUAGUCAACGUGGAUUUCCAAUCAAAUCCAGAAAAAGCCAAACAAGUGGUGAACGCAUGGGUGGCCGACAGGACCAAAGGAAAAAUCAAGGACAUUCUAAACGACGUGCCAAAAGAUACCAAGGUCAUAAUAGCCAGUGCAAUGUACUUCAAAGCAGAGUGGGAACAGCCUUUUAUGGAAGACGUCACGUCAAGACGCGAUUUUUACAUCGACGGCAGAAAAUCAAAGACCCCUAUUCAAGUGGACAUGAUGGCCAACGUUGGGAAAUUCCCCUACUUUAAAGAUGCCACGUUACAAGCCGAGAUUCUGGGAUUGCCGUACAAAGGCAACGCCACCGUCAUGUACGUCGUGAUGCCCUUCAAUUCCAACAAGCAAAUCCUCAAAGACUUCGAGUCCAGAAUAACGGAAAACGAUUUGGAAUAUUUAGCAGGGCAAACGACUUUUAACUCCUGUCAAAUUCUGUUUCCCAAGAUGAAGAUCGAGAGUACGGUUCGCUUGAAACCGAUUCUUAGAACUUUGGGGGUCAACAGCUUGUUCAACCCCAACGAUGCUAAUCUGGGUUUGCUGUCGCCCGGUGUUGGGCUCGUGUCGAAGAAAGUCGAUGCUGAAGUUAAUCCAUUGGUUUCUUUUCAGGGUAACCCAAACGACGUGCUGAUUUUCAGCAGAACUGGAGAAACGGUGAAUUGUUCAGCCAUUUUCGAUCCAGCCAGCAACGUUUCAACGUGCCAAGAUACAGUGGGCGACCAAAAAGUAACUUACAAAAAAUUCGGCGACAAAGUGGGUCGCAGAAUAGCAAGAAGAAGCAGAAGAAGCAAAAGGGACACCAUUGACGGUUUGAGGAACUUGAUCAACCAACAAUCAACAGGCAACGACUAUCAAAACCCUGGGCUGUAUGCCGAAGAGGUUAUCCAUAAGGUAUAUAUGGACAUCACUGAAACUGGGACCGAAGCAGCAGCUUCAACUUUGGUCACCCUGUAUCGAAGCUUCCGAGGAGUCACUUUUAGAGUAGACGUACCAUUCCUAUUUUUCAUUAGACAUGAAGACACCAAGACUAUCCUUUUCUGGGGUUCCGUUUAUAACCCAACUCCUAAUUACAAAAAAGGUUAAAAACUAUUAUUUACAUAUGGCCAUUUUAUUUAAAACCUUAGGUUUAAAUCCUCACAAACGCAUCAAAUAACUGUUUUACUCACUAAGAAGUAAGAUAAUUGUUAUUAAUGCAAUACCAAAACAAUGAUGUAUCAGUAAAAUGUUUAAUAAAC